CGCCGCUCGACGGGGAAGGGGUGAAGGUUGCGGCCGCCGAGCGGAGGCGACAGCGUCGGCCGCGGCUGUUACGGUUCGCCGAGCAGCGGUGACGGUGGCACGUCGCCUUUGGAAGGAGAAGUCGAGGCCGCCGAGAGGUUUCUUUCUCUCGCCGCUGAACUCUCCUGCCCCCCCUCACGGCCAACGGCCGUAGUAUUCGCAGGCGUCACGCGCGGUCGGCAGCCGCUUCGGUCAUACCGACGGUACGCGCAGCGGCGGUAGAUUGUGCGGCAGAUCCGUUUGUGCAGCAGAGUUUUCCGCGAUCGUCCAGCUGCGAUCUCAGAGAAAAAAAGUUGUCUGUAAGUAAACGCGCGAAAAUUCCAUCGAAAAGCCGCUGCUCUUAGCUGCGCGCCUUGUUCUACCCUCUGGUCGUGUGCAGUCCUCGCGUCACCCCGCGACCGCGUCUGCACCACCGCCGUCGUAGAUGGCCGCCGCACCGUCCGCGACUCGCGUGAAAAACGAUUUCGGUUGACUUUAUAGCCCGCGAUCCGCGAACUCGGUGACGACGACCAUCGCGAUGGCCGCAGCCGUGGCCACCACCACUCCGCCGACGGCCGACAAUCGGUGCGUGGGCGGCGGCGAUCCGUCGGCCGCGAUCGCGCGACAUCAGACCGCCGUACCGCUGCCGUCGGCCGACAUUCCGACCCUGACGUCUUCGGCGGGCAGACGGCGGCGGCGGUCGAGAGCGAACGACCCGAAUUCGCACGCGUCUCGGAGUUCGACUAGCAGCUGCUCGUCGUCGCCCGUAACGUCGUCCGACGACGACGAGGACGACGACGAAGUCGGAGGAGGCGGCAUAGGCGUCAUGGACGGCGUGGAAGCCGAGUUUGGCGGACGCGGCGUGGUCGGCGUCAAGCCCGCGCCGGUGGCCGCCAAGCGGCUCAAGGACCUGCAACAGCAGCUGGUCGAUCUGGACGACUUGGAACUGUUGGACCGACAUCUGGCCGUCGACGGCGCGACCGGCGACCCUUCGGCGGAGGACGGCGGAAUCGGCGGCGUCACCGGCAUGGUGGCCGAAGAGCUCAGGCAGAAGAACAAGGACCUGGUGCUGGCCGCUCGUCUGGGCAAGGCCCUGUUGGCCAAAAACGACGAACUGUCGCUGAUGAACGAGCGGCUGGCCGAAGAGUACGGCGACAAGCUGGAGGAGAUCGAACAGGACCGCCACCGGUUGCGCAGGCAGUUGGCACAGUCAAAGGCCGAGUGCGAACAACGGUGCCAUGAGCUGCAGGCCGAUCUCAGGGACCUGCAGGCGGUGCUCGACAGUCGGGAACGUCAACUGCGCGAGGCGGACAAACAGAAACGAGCCGUGGUCCGAGAGCUCACGGACCAGAAUGGCAGGUUGCAGUCGCACAUCAGAGAGCUCUCCCAAGCAGAAGCAGAACUCCGGCACAAAUGUCGUCUUCUGGAAGACGCACAACAGCCACAACACGGCAGCGGCAAAUGGACAGGGAUCGGAGGAGUUGGAUCGCCGGCGUCCAUGACCAACGGCGGUUCUACCACCGAUUACGGGUCGCUAACGCCGGACGACUACCGCAGCCUAGACGUGCUGCGUGAUGAGAUUGAUAUGAAAGCAGCCGAGAAACAACGGCUACAGAAAAGGAUGGCUGAGUUGCGGGCUGACCGUGAUCGAUUGGCCGAACUUCUCGAACUUAAAGAUCGUCAGUUAGCCGAGUGUCGGGCAGAGGCGAACCAUUACGAGCACAGAUCGGCGAUGUUGGCCAAGCAGUUGGACGACGCGCUGUCGGGCGAUUGGAGAGGACGGGGCGCGAAGUGCUCUUCGUGCAGCGGUCAAGCCGGCGGCGUGGCGGCGGCGUCCCGCGGGGCGAACGGCUCCGGCGGGACCGAAUCGCAGCCGAUGUCGCUGUUGGCCGAGCUGGAACAAGCCGAGGCGGCCAGCACGCAGUCGGCCGCUCGCCCGCAGCCGGCGCCGAUGGUCGACGUGGACCUGUCGACGGCGGAGCGACGGUUCGACGACCACCUAAACGACUUCGGAGCGGACGCCGAACGGUUGGUGACCCGUCUGUGCGACGCGCUCGAGCGUCGGGCCGGUCACGCGGACGCCGUUUCGCCGGAGCUGUCGGCCAGCACCAGGUACCGGCUGCUGAAGCUGAUGGGCUGUAGCGGCGGCGGUGACGGUAGCGCUGCGGCCGGCGUCAAGUCCGCGGGAGCCGUCGACCUGGCGGAGCUGGUCCGCAACCGGGACGGUCGGGUGGCCGAGCUCACGUGCGAGUUGUCCGUGAGAGACGCGGAACUGCAGGCGGCUCGCGAGGAACGUGAUCUGGCGGUGCGGGACAAAAUGGACGCGAUGCGGAUUAAGUGCGCCCGAUGCGGUGAUGCGGGCGGCGGAGAACCCGCCGACGACACUUCCGGAUCCGGCACCGACGAGAAGGACGCGUCUUUGAUCCCGGAACUGUUGAGGAAAGCGUGGGAACAGCGGGACGGAGCGGUGCGGCGGAAAAACGCAGUGCAGGUACAGCUGGCCCGGACCCGGGUGGACGUGCUGCAGGCCAACGGUCAACUGAUGGAGGCCAUCGGACAGAAGGUGGAACUCAGUCAACAAUUAGAACAGUGGCAGAUGGACAUGCAAGCUCUACUCGACGAGCAAAUGCGCAGGAAACUGCUUGCUCCUCCGGCUCAGUCUUCGGGCGCCGGUGCUCCCGAACUCGGUGGCGGAAACCAGCAAAAGUGUUCCGGUACCGGAGGAUUUCCGUCGAUGUCGGCCUCGAGCUUGGGAAGUCUCGGGUCGUCGGGACUGAUGAACUCGUUGUUGAUGAUCGCAGGCGGCGGAGGUAACUCGAACAGAUGACCCGGCGAACAAUUCAAUAAUUUAGUGUUUAUUAUAAGAUAAAUGACGGUCGUGGACCGUUUGCCUUUAGACAAUAAUAUAAAAUAUCGUAAUAAUAUUUGUAUAAAGUUAUAGUGGAUCGAGUUCGCGUAUAUUAGUCAUAUAACGCAUCCGAUUGACGUUUGAAACGGGCGAACGACGGUUUUGAACUAUUGUUUUUUUUCUAUUAUUUUCGAUUCGACUUACUUAUAAUAUAAUAUUAUGUAUUAUAUAUAUAACAAUGAGAUUUACGACUUGCCGUUCAUCAUCAACUCACAAUCAACCCGUGAAUGCUCGUUAUUAUACCUACUAUAGUUGGUGUAUAGUUUUUAUUUCCCAAGUCUGCGUCAAGUUCACACAAAUUUCAAACUAUGAGAUACCUAAUAAUAAUAUGAUAUCUUUGGAAUCGUGAAUAUGAGUCAUUUUUUAAAAUUAUUUUGGUCUCUGAUCGUGUCAUAGACCCCCCCUUUGCGGAAAAUUUAUUUGUGAUUUAUGUAUAUAUAUAUAUAUAUAUAUUAGGUAUGUCUGGCGGUUCGUUUCGGUUUAUUGAAUUAUAUAUAUUUUAGACUGCAGUGUAAUGCUGCAAAACCUAGUACAAAAUAUUUAUAACAAAAGUUACCUCAUCACGUGAGCACACUCGUCGAUAUGAUAUUAUACGUCGUUAUAUAUUAAGUAUAGGGUGGAGAAGUUUUAAGAUUUAUCCGAAUUAUUACUUACAUAAUAAGAGACUAAAAACUCGUUGAGAACUUUCAUAGGUCGAUGUAAACCUAUCUCAGCGUAUAUUUACUUCGUUUUCAAAAAAAAAAAUAAUAACCAGAAUUCGUUAACAAUUGUUAUUUUUGUAACCAUUAUUAUAUAGUAUAAUAUUGUGCGUUUAAAAUCGUGACAUAUUAUAAUUAUUUUAUAAAAUGAUUACGAUCUUAUACUGUUUUCACUUUUGUCUUUUAUAUAAUAUUACCUGUAUCAAUUAUAUACCAUUUUUGUUGUUUUUUUUUGAAAAUAAAAAAAUGUAAUAGUUUUACAAGUGGGUAAUUAUUAUUAUACAUAUUAAUGACACAAAUCGCAGUUGGUAUAUUUAUAAUUGUUAAAUUGUUUUUUAAUAAGUACACACAUUUUUUUCCAUCAGACGUAUAGUUUAUAUUGUGCAAAUAAAAACAUGUUUUGGACGUCCUUUUUACUGCCCAUUUCGAUCCUAAUAAGCUUCUUUGCCCAAUAUUAGACUUAUCGGGUAUAGGUGUAUUGUACAUAAUUGAUUAACUAAUAUACUAUACUUUGUAAACUCAAUGUAUUAUUCACUACUUUAUAAAAACCUAUUAUAAGAAAUAAAGAUGUGUACACAAAACUAGAAACUAUGUAUUAUUAAAUAAAUAUAAUUAUAUUAUA